AUGGCAGCUUUCAAGAAUCUUGCUCUCUCUUUGUCCCUCACAUUGCUGAUCUCUAGCAAUAUCGCAACUGCAAGUAGAGACAUUCUCAUUAACAAACCAGGCAACAGCGUUUCAUCAAGAAUUGAAAGUGAGGGCAGCCUAGUUGAGUGCUUUGAUGCACUCAUGGAGAUAAAAUCUUGCACAAAUGAGAUUGUCUUAUAUUUCACGAAUGGCCAAGCUGAUGAUAUUGGCCCUGACUGUUGCCGUGCUAUCCAUACUAUAACUCAUAAAUGCUGGCCAGCCAUGUUUACUUCUCUUGGCUUCACUGAUGAGGAAGGAAACAUACUCAGAGGCUACUGUGAUGCUUUUCCUUCAUCCUCUACUCUUAUUAGUCCUGCUUCUGCUCCUUCACCUCUUGCUCCCGUCUCCAUGCCCAUGAUGGCACAUCCUCAAGUCUCCACCCACACAGCACUUGCAACACGCCUCCGAUUAGAUAACGAAGAAUCCAGCUGCUGGGAGUCCUUAUUCCACCUCCGGUCCUGCAUCUCCAAUGUCCUCCUCUUCUUCCUAAACGGGAGACUUAUCUCGGCCCCAGCUGCUGCCACGCCAUCCACACCAUCGGACACCCAUGCUGGCCUUCCAUGCUUGGCUCUCUUGGUUUCACAGUUCAAGAAGGUGAUAUCCUGCUCGGCUACUGCGAUGCCACUGCCCAUUCAUCUUCCCCACCACCAGAACCAAUCUUUUAUCCCAAUCACACUUAAGCCCCAACUUAGUAUUAUCAGUAACUAA